GUCGUACAGCAGUUCUUUCUUUCCAUCUUGGAUCAACGAUGGCCUUCAGCAAGGGAUAUCGCAUCUACCACAAGCUGGACCCCCCCCCCUACAGUGUCAUAGUGGAAACCAGGAGCCGGGAAGAAUGCCUCAUGUUUGAAUCCGGCGCCGUCGCCGUUCUGUCGGCGGCAGAGAAGGAGGCCAUUAAAAACUCCUACGCCAAGAUCCUCGAUGCUUAUGGCGUCCUGGGCGUCCUCCGCCUGAACCUGGGGGACUCCAUGCUCCACAGUCUGGUGGUUGUGACAGGAUGCAGCUCUGUGGGGAAGGUGCAGGACUCUGAGGUUUUCAGGGUCACACAGACAGACUUUAUAUCCCUGAAUAAUGAUCCAGGGGACGAAGACCGGAUCGCUGAAGUGCGAAAGGUCUUGAACUCUGGACACUUCUACUUUGCCUGGUCUGCCACUGGUGUCAGCAUGGACUUGAGUCUCAAUGCACAUCGCAGGAUCCUAGAGGACACCACGGAUAACCGCUUCUUUUGGAACCAAUCUCUGCACCUGCACCUGAAGCACUACGGAGUGAACUGCGACGACUGGCUCCUGAGGCUGAUGUGUGGUGGUGUGGAGGUCAGGACCAUCUAUGCAGGCCACAAACAGGCCAAGGCCUGCAUCUUCUCCCGCCUCAGCUCGGAGCGGGCCGGCACUCGAUUCAACGUCCGAGGAACCAACGACGACGGACAGGUGGCCAACUUUGUGGAGACUGAACAGGUUAUUUUCCUGGAUGACAAAGUCUCCUCCUUCAUACAGAUCCGUGGGUCCAUUCCCCUUUUCUGGGAACAGCCAGGAAUCCAGGUCGGUUCUCAUCGUGUCAAACUCUCGAGGGGAUUCGAGGCAAAUGCUCCAGCCUUCGAAAGGCACUUUACAGCACUGCGGAGGUUGUACGGCAAACAGGUGAUCAUCAACCUGCUCGGGGGUAAGGAAGGGGAACACAUGCUCAGCAAAGCUUUUCAGAGUCACCUGAAGGCAUCAGAGCACACGGCGGCUGUGAAGAUGGUGAACUUUGACUACCAUCAAAAUGUGAAGGGGGGCAAAGCAGACAAACUCCACAGUGUCCUCAAACCUUACCUCACCAAGUUCAUCGACGAGUGUGGCUUCUUCUACUACUCUGGAGAGACCGGCAUUGUGAGGACUCAGGGUGGGACCCUUAGGACCAACUGCCUGGACUGCUUGGAUAGAACCAACAGUGUCCAGGCCUUCUUUGCACUGGAGAUGCUGCCGAAGCAGCUGGAGGAAAUGAGUCUCACAGAGAAGCCCCAGCUGGUGGCCAGGUUCCAGGAGGUCUUCAGGACCAUGUGGUCUGCCAAUGGGGACUCCGUCAGUAAGAUCUACGCGGGGACCGGUGCCCUGGAUGGCAAGGCCAAGGCGGGGAAGCUAAAAGAUGGCGCUCGCUCUGUGACCAGGACCAUCCAGAACAACUUCUUUGACAGCUCCAAGCAGGAGGCCAUCGACAUCCUGAGGCUGGGCUCCACGCUCAACAGUGACUUGGCAGAUAAGGCUCGGGCCUUGCUCACCACUUCCAGUCUUUAUGUCACUGAGCCCAUCUUACAAUCAGCCUCCCCAAGAGUAUUGCUGGGAAUGUGUCAGAACCACCAUAAAUACACAAGGCCCAAGCAGAUCCGGGUGUGCGUCGGCACCUGGAAUGUCAACGGGGGUAAACAAUUUCGCAGCAUUGCCUUCCGCAACCAGACUCUCAACGACUGGCUGUUGGACGCUCCAAAGAAGGCGGGGCAUCCUGAGUUCCAGGACAGCAAAGCAAACCCCAUAGAUAUCUUUGCCAUCGGUUUUGAGGAAAUGGUCGAACUAAAUGCUGGAAAUAUCGUCAGUGCCAGCACUACGAACCAGAAACUGUGGGCCGCUGAGCUACAAAAAAACAUUCCGCGGGACCACAAGUAUGUGCUGCUUGCUUCAGAGCAGCUGGUGGGAGUGUGUCUGGUUGUCUUCAUCCGCUCGCAGCACGCGCCUUUCAUCAGGCGCCCACAAGCCACGACCGAAGUUGAGGCGUCCGGCCGCUCUUCCAUUACUCCAGCAUCAGCUUUCUCUUCUUUCUUGUUUAUCUGUCGGCCACGUCACACCGUCACGGAGAGGAAUGACGACUACAGCGAGAUCACACGCAGACUCACCUUCCCCAUGGGUCGUCUGCUGUACUCGCACGACUACGUUUUCUGGUGCGGGGACUUCAACUAUCGAAUCAGCAUGCCCAACGAGGAAGUGAAAGAGCUGAUCAAACAGCAGAACUGGGAUGCCUUGACAGCUGGGGACCAGUUGUUGGACCAGAAGAAUGCUGGUUUGGUGUUCCGGGGUUUCAUCGAGGGGAAGUUGGAUUUUGCUCCCACCUAUAAAUAUGACCUCUUCUCUGAAGAUUAUGACACCAGUGAGAAGUGCCGCACACCAGCCUGGACUGACCGCAUCCUCUGGAAGAGGAGAAAGUGGAACUUUAACCAAACAGCUGAGGCGAUGAAUGUAGUAGGAGCAGCUUCUACAUCUGGGGAGACCGACGACGAUCCAGAUAACCCCUGGAGCGCUGGCACUCUGAAGUACUAUGGCAGGGCUGAGCUUAAGACCUCGGACCACAGGCCCGUUGUUUCCAUAAUAGACGUGGACAUCCUGGAGGUCGACCCGGAGGCGCGGCACCAGGUCUACAAGGAAGUCAUUGCCCUGCAGGGGCCUCCGGACGGCACCAUCCUGGUGUCGCUCUGCUCCUCCGGCCCGGACGACUACUUUGACGAUGCUCUCAUAGACGAGCUGCUGGACAAGUUUGCUCAAUUCGGAGAGGUCAUCCUCAUCAGGUUUGUCGAGGAGAAGAUGUGGGUGACUUUCCUGGAAGGUUACUCUGCUCUCGCUGCGCUUUCUCUCAGCGCUUCCACUGUCCUCGGCAAGAUGCUCGACAUCCGUCUGAAGAGUCCCGGCUGGAUCAAGAGUCUGGAGGAGGAGAUGAGUGUGGAGAGAAUCUGUGGAAGCAUCCCCACCUCUGCCAGCUCCACCCUGCUCGCCGAGGACACGGACAUGGGCGAUGAUGAUUAUGACAUGGAAGGGGAUGUCGAAGACGAGGUGGAGGAGAUCCUCCCCCAGCAUCUUCAGCCUGGAGCCGGCUCGGGCCCUGGAUCCUCCCCUCUGCCCUCCCCCCGCGGUAGUCCCUGUCCCUCCCCCACCCACGGAGAACCCGUGGCCCCCGGCAGGUCUGGUCGCGGAGGACAACCGUCCCGUCCAUCACAAGAAGAUUUAAGCCCGUCACCAGUGAGGAGAGAAUUUCCAGGGCCUCCUGUUGACUUCCAGCCUGGUCCUCCCACAUCUCUAGAGCCCAAACGCCCGCCCCCGCCUCGUCCCCACGCCCCCCCAGCCAGACCAGCACCUCCCCAGCGCCCACCGCCACCUUCAGGAGGCAUGAGCCCUAUGCCAGUUAGGAAGGGCUCUGCAGACUGUGGCGAGUUUCCCAGCCCACUGUUUGGUAGGAGAGGCAGUCAAGGAGCAAAAAGCCCCGCUCUCCCUCGGCCAGAUGCAGACUGGGGCGAGUUUCCCAGCCCACUGUUUGGUAGGAGAGGCAGUCACGGUAACUGGCCAGGCGCUCGAGGUCAGGUGGCAGUGGGAGCUCCUGGACCUGGAGGUGCUCCCAGACCCAAUAUCCCUCCUCGAGCCGGGGUAAUCAGUGUGCCUCCUCAGUCUCGCCCGCAACCUCCCUCUCAUCCCGGAGCACCCAGACCCAUCCCGGAGGUGCAUCCCGGGGCCCCUCGGCCCAUCCCAGACACCCACCCUGGAGCCCCUCGACCUGUGGCCACUGGCCAGGUCAAACCGACUGACCUUCCUCUGGGUCCCCCCUCCUCGGGCCCCCCUCCUGCAGAGCCCGCUGCAGCAAGACCCCAGGCUCCAUCCCCUAUGCAGGCACCCAUGCAGCCCCAAAAAGCCGCCCCUACGGCUCAGGCUCCAUCACCGAUGCAGCCCCAGCCAGCCGCCCCUAUGGGUCAGGCUCCAUCGCCCAUGCAGACGCCCAUGCAGACGCCCAUGCAGACGCCCAUGCAGACGCCCAUGCAGACGCCCAUGCAGCCCCAACAAGCGACCCCUACGGGUCAGGUUCCAUCGGCCAUGCAGCCCCAACACGCCGGCCCUACGGUUCAGCUCCCACCACCGAUGCAGCCCACGUACUCACAGCCACAGCAGGCCCCUAAAGCGGGGCCCCUCGCCGCCGCCACGGCUGGCUCUCCACAAGGUCUGUCCUCUCCUAAGGCCCCGCCUCGUUCCCGCUCCUCUCACGCUCUGCCACCUGAUGCUGCCAAGUCCGAGACGGCCCCGGCUAUGCAGACCAACGGACUGAAUGGAAUCCAAAGAGAAGCACAAUGGAAGCCCGACCCCCUCGACACACUUGCUUCUGGUUUCCUCUCCUCCUCCUCCUCCUCGUCCUCCUCGUUCUCCUCGUCCUGGCACACCACCCAGUCUCUGACCCGGGGCUCCUCCCUGCGCUCUCCCCCCUCUGCUCCCUCGUCCACGGCCGCCGCCUCCUGCCCUCUCCCUCCCUCCACCUCCUUCCAUCCCUUCGCUCUCUAUCCGUCGUCGUCCCCCUCCUUCUCCCUUUCCACCCCGUCCCCCGUCGUCGCCGCCUCCUUGCUCCCGCCUCCUCCGGCGCCGUCUCGCAGCCGCUCGCAGGAGACGCUGCGCGCCUCCCCCAGCCCCUUCCUGACCGACCCGCUGCCCGCCCGCCCGAACAGCACCAAUCCCUUCACAGGCCCCGUGCCGCUUCAGCAGCAGCACCGCCGCCCGCUCACGCCGGACUUCAGCGUCCAGCGUCCCGCCCCGACGCCCAGCGUUCAGAGGACCACGUCCGCUCUCUCCCAACCACUCGUCCCCGCCGCGCACGCCUUCCAGCUCCAGAGGGCCGUAUCCCUGUUCGACCCGCCAUCCGCUGUUCCUUCGGCGCCGGCCCCUCUGCUCCCCGCCGGCCCGUCCCCUUUCCCCUCCCUGCCGCUGGCGCCGGCCGCGUGCAUCCAGCCCGUCCUUGCGCCCCGUCGCCAGCCGUCUCCUCCGGGGGGGAAACCGAAGCCGCGCUGGGUCACUUUUGACGACGAUUUGGACUUUCGACCUCCGACCAAAGGGCCGCAGGCCCCCGUCCUCCCCGCCAGCUACCUAGUGCCCCAAAUUCUGCCCUCGAGCUCCGUGUUUGACUCCGAGCCCGACUGGUUGACCUCGGCCCCUUCGGUGUUCCCGACCCUGCCUCCUCCCACCCCGAGUAGAACUGUGAACAGUAACGCGAAGCCCCCAGGGGGCCCCGGGCAGCGACUGCUUCCCCCCAGGGAUCCCUCUUUAAUAUGUAAAGGGCGAAUCCAGAUAUGUAUAGUUAUAUGGGUUAAUGUGUAUAUGUGUUUGUGUAUGUACAAAAGAGACAUUAUUCAAAAAGGAAUAGGUUCCCCCCCCCCCUCACCCCCCUUACGUCUCUAGAAGUGUACGAGCCCAGAAGGCGUGUUCUAACUUGACCACAGAGAUGUUUGCUUGUUUCCUGAUGUUUAUUUUAAUAUUAAUUGUUUGUUUUAAAUGGGCAAACACGUGCCUGUGUCUGCGGUAUAGUAUAUACAUAGUACAGCUUUACGCACAAACCAUGUGUUUUUAACGCGUGCAAUAUGAAGUGUCUCUCCGUGGCCGCGCAGCACGCCGCCAUUCGCGGUCCACGUCCACCCGGCUGACUGACCCGUACGUCGGAGCGGGCUUCUCAGAGUAGCGGGUAAUCCUCCACCUUCUCAGUUUACAUGUAGUUGAUGUAGAAGAUGAAUGUACUUUAUGUUGCACUGGGUUUGGUCGUUGCCUCCUUGCUGACGUUCCAGCGUGAGCCGGAACAGCAACGGGUCGGCGUCCUGGUCCGUCAAACCGCCACAAACCCUGAGGUCAUCUCGUCCACUCGGUAGAAACCCACUUUGUUCUCUCUCUCUAGUAAGUCAUCACUUUGUCAAUGGGCUGUUACGCUUAGCUGAAUAUAUUCUGUAGCGCUUUAUCAAAACAUAUACAUGUGAUUAUGUAUAAAUGUUUUCGACAUGGGAAGCGACUCAGUGCAUCGCGCAAUAUAACUGAUGCGCUCGGCUUCUUGGUGGCGUUCUCGCCGAUGGCGGAGCGACAGAAACGAGGACUGGACAGAUGGCCGCUCCACAUCUGGAGUGUUUUGAUCGUUCUUGAUUUGUCCAAAGCAUUUAACCAGACUGCUGUAAGAUCAGAGACGCCGCGCACGCUGCUGUUAAGCACGACAGUCGCGUGAUCGGAGUCAACUCGUGCAUAAUAACAAGAGGGCACAUUCUUUUUCUUUUUUUUAAUUCAACUUUUGUUUAUGGCGAAAUUUAUGUUUUUAAUUUAUACAAACAUUUACUCUAAAUAAUCUGUUGUUGAUAACGUGGUGACGUGUAUUGUGUUUGAGGUGCAUAUCGUCUGUUUUCGUGUUUGACAGUGUUUGUGUUUGGAUAUGAGUGCGUGUGUGUGUGUGUGUACACAGAGUUUAAGAGGUGAAUAUCAUAGCUUUCCCCGUAGGAAGUCUUCUCUCUUAAGUUCGUUCCAGUUUCUGAACUAACAGCCACUGUAUUCACUCAAAAAAAUGGUUGUAAAUUUAUUUCCGAUCUCUAGCGUGAGGCCCUCACUGUAUGCAAAACCCCAAACAAUAGCAGACAAUGGACCAUUUCCACACAGCACCCACCACCUGCGUGAGAAUUUGCCCAGAGCAACACAGAGCAUCAUUCACUACCUUGACAAACACAAACUAUACUGUUUGCUCAGACGCAUCACCAGAUUAUCAUUCCCAGUAGACUGUUUGCGGAGUUCUUCCCAGGCGCAGCGCGGCCCACAUUCCAGACAGUAGCUGUGAUUUUGAGUGUUGGGUGUCAAACUCUUCUCAGCGUUUGCAGGUCCAGCCGUGAUGUCUAACCCGUAGCCGCUUCCUCCAGUAAAGCGUGAUUGUUACUGAUCCUCUCUGAUGUUGUGACCAUUAAUGAUGUUAUCUUGCCAGAGGUGAUGUGUCUGUAAUUAUUUUUAUUUUUUUCCCUGUACUAUGUUAUUUCCCUCUUUCGCUGCUGUUGAGACGCGUGGGUCAGCGUCAAUGUUGACAACGAUGACAAGCAAUAGUGUUGCAAAUGGAUCAGUGCGAGUGCAAUCGUCCCAAACAUGACACAUGCCAGCAUCUAAUCAGAUCGUGUCCCCGUAACCUUCAGAAAUUACGUAACCGGCUUAAAUGUUUUACAAAAGCAUUUUGAUGGCUCAUGGAGGAAACCCCCCCCCCCCCCCCCCGCCCCAAAAAAAGUAUGAGCUAACUAAUGCUUCAUUAAACACAAUGUAAAGAUAAAAAAUUAAAAAAGCAUUGGCUAUCUAUGUAAGCAAGUGUAUCAGGUUGCCUUUGCUUAAUGUCGAUGUCAUCUCUAAAGCAUUCAUUGUGUGCAGUAGAUCACGUAUCUGCAAGUAACAGUAGGUUACUAGCCAGCGCUUUGUGUCCUGUCAUGUUCAAGAUGAGAUUUUAUAGGAAACAUAUGGCUCCUUUUUGUGAGGUUGGUGUCCCUUUUUAUGGUUAUAAUCCAUAGUAAAUAAUGAGUCUGUGUUGUUGAACAUAUACUGUAUGUAUUAAAGAGAAAACAUGACACUGAAAUUCAUAUUAAUAUCCAACGUUCCAUAUUUUAAGUGCGAAGCUGAUUGCACAUUUAUGUAUGAAGCAGUUUAUGUUGUAUGUAUGCAAAAAUAAAUGUAAGUUGACCCUCGAG